GGGACCUGGGAUGAACCUGUGUGAUUCCACUCAGAUGCAAUUAUAUUGUUUUCUAAAUAGGCACAAUGUUGGGUUAUGCACAAUAAACUGAUUGGGAGUGUGCUGAUAGGCUCCUUUAAAGUGGAUCUGGGGACGGUGUACAUUCAGCCAGGUCAUCAGUUUUGUGACAAGUGGGCACUUCUCACAGACCCUGCUGACAUUAGGACAGGAGCCAAAGGGUACCUGAAGUGUGACCUCAGUGUGACGGGGAAAGGUGAUGCAAUACAAGCCACACAGAAAACAGCUGAUACCGAGGAACAGAUUGAAAAGAAUCUCUUGAUCCCCAAAGGCUUUCCAUCUGAAAGACCAUGGGCCAGAUUUUAUGUGAGAAUUUACAAAGCAGAAGGACUUCCAAAGAUGAACUCUAGCAUCAUGGCCAAUGUCACCAAAGCAUUCAUAGGCGACAGGCCGGACAACAGUGCAAAAGAACUGUGCAGAUCCUGUGUGGCACGAGCAGAUUAUCUUCAAAGAAAUGUUCCCUCCGCUCUGUCGGAGAGUCAAAAUCCAGGUCUGGGAUGAAGGCAGCAUGAAUGACG